AUGGCCAGCAUGCAUCAUCCCUGCUCUCUCCUCGACCUGCCUCCGGAAGUCUUCGAGCACAUCGCCAUUCUCACCAUCCCUCUCCACGACGACAUCGCCAACCCCCUUCCACUCGCCCGCGCAGCCCUCCAAACCCUCACAAUCCUCCAACUAAUCUCCAAAUCUCUCCCCCUCUCAACUCCUUACCUGCGCCAACUCCGCCUCAAACUCCUCUACGUCCUCUCUCCUCACUACCCCUCCCUGCACCAUCUCUCUGCCACCCUCCCGAGACCGCUCGUCCACCCUUACCUCACCAUCUUCCCGAUCCUGGCCUUCGACCUCUUCCGCAGCGAAUUCCUGCCAUCGACCCACCCAUCCUGCAGGAUUUGCCUCCUCCACCUUCCCGCUUUACACGAAAUCCACCUCUCCCUCGGAACUCUCCACUUCCCCUCCCGCGCUCGAAUAUACUGGCACACCUCCCCCAAAACCCGGCGGACCCUCCAAACCUUCAUCCAAACCGCCGUCCUCCGCGUCCUCAACAACGUCCUCGCCCUCCAAGCCCACAAAACCCGCUUGACCAUCCGUUUCAAUUUCCAAUACGACACCGCGCUCACCGGGAUGGAGUCACUCACCAGCUCCGCGGUGCCGCAUGUGUACUUCACGUUGCGGUGUCUGUAUAUUGGCGGGAGGAAGUGGAUGGAGACGGAGCAUAGAGAGGAAGUACAUGUUCAUGCGAGAGAGAGGAGGAGGGAAGAUGGGUUGUGGGGAUUGAAGGUGCUCCCCGGGUUGUGGAGUUUUUAUGGAGAGGGGUGGGUUUGGAGGAGGGAGAGGGGGGAGGAGAUUUUUAUGAAAGAAGGGGGUGAGGCGUGGGGGUGUAAUUGUUUUCCGACAGGAGUGGGGAGGGGGUGA